AUGCCCCCAACCAAGUGCGCGCUGCUUAUUGCAAGCCCAUAUGGGGAACUCGAGGGGCCAGAGAACGACGUUGAGAUGAUCUCCAGAGUCCUGCACAAGCGGGGGUUCCAAAUCUCUCAGUGUUGUGGUUCAGCAGCAACUCGCGAUGGUAUUCGUUCUGCUUGGCACGAUCUCAUAUCCCAGAUCUCACCUGAUGAUACAGUUGUGAUAUACUAUUCAGGGCAUGGUGGAGAAGCUUUGUCGGUAAAGAGUGCAGACCAACAGGAUUCUAGUCAGCCACGGCGGCUCCAGUACAUUGUCCCAAUAGAUUAUAAGGAGGUCCCCGGAGAGUUCCAUGGAAUUUCAGAAGAGGAGCUGUCUCAGUGGCUGCUUGAUACCACAAACAAAACGCAAAACGUCACCGUCAUCUUGGAUUGUUGUCAUUCCGGUCGCAUGGUGCGCGACUCUCGCUAUGUCAACACAUCCAGACGAAAGAACCUCCCUACAACUCUUUAUCAUAAUAUCGCCCUCUAUAUUCAGUCGCUACAAGAGAAGGGAUUGCUUCGAGAACGCACACACCUGGGAGAUAAUCCUCACGCAGUGCGAAUUGCCGCCGCGGCACCUUGGGAAAGCGCGUAUGAAUAUGAAAAUGAUUGGGGGAUGCCAGUUGGCGCAUUGACUGAGGCCCUCGUUCGCGUGAUUGAAGAAACAGAUGAUGACCACAUCUCUUGGAAAACAGUGAUGCUUCGUGUACAGGAACUAGUCAAUACAUCCUUUCCACAGCAGCAUCCGCGAGUAGAAGGACCGCACACCCGCUUUCUGUUUUCUUUGGAUGGCCGGGACUCUACUUCUCUUUUCAUCAAGCAAGAUGGCCACGAUAAAGCUAUAAUCAAAGCUGGCAGGAUUGCAGGGGUCCGGGAGAAAAACAUCUAUACAGUUAUGCCGCCUGGAUCGGAAGUUGUCAAUUCGCAAUCCCAAAUCGCCACUGCUACAGUCAUAGAUGCCAGCGGGUUUGACGCUGUCGCAACACUUACUUGGAAGAACGGGAGCUGUCAAUUUCCUUGUGGAGGGGCACUGGCGUUUCUCGCCGAAGAAGCUCUCUACAAAUGGCCAGUCUCCGUUCCAGCAGACAUUGCCGCACUUCAGAAGCAUGUUGAGCAAUCCAAGCUCAUCAGGUGCAGCUACGAUAACGAGACAUGUCCUCUAGUGAACAUUAACCAACAAGGCGGCAAACUCACUGUGACCAACAAGUAUGGAGUGGAAGUCUUCUCACAGCGGUUCUAUGGCAAGGAUCCCACAUCUGCUAUGUACAAAGCAGCCGUUGAGGUUGCAGAUCGAAUUGCUCGCGCGCAACACUUCCUUGUCGACACCUCUGAUAGCUCAGAGGAACAUUUGCGGCAUGAUCUUCAAAUCGAGCUUGGGUUAGUGGACGAGGGGCGUCACGGAAGAAUCAUCAAUCCCACUGGAGAGGAUUCAAUCACUGAAAACUCCAACAUCUUCAUCACCCUCAAAAACCAUGACGCGUAUGGCAGUUUGUUCGUGUCUGUUUUUGAAGUGGAGGUGAAUGGUCAGAUCAAUCCAGUGACCGAAAACCCAGAUGGGAUCGACCUGCCCCCGGGGUGGAGUCACACAAUCGGCGGUAGUAAGGCUAGACUUGAGGGACUCAAGGUCAAAUGGCCGCGCAAUAUCUCCAAAGCAAAGCCGGUGAUGGAUACCUUGGUUGUGGUCAUUUCAAGCGACCCGGUGAACUUGCAAUUUCUGACCAGUCCAGAGAUCGCUUCGCGAAGGGCGAUCACAAAUCAAUCAUCUCUGGAGGCUCGCCUUCUCCGACUUGUACAGGGUGCAGACCGCCUUAUUGCGACUGAAAAGAAAAUGGCGAAGACGCGUUAUGAUAUCGUUCAGCUACCUUUUCUAUUGCAGCCACUCAGUUCCCAGAAUACUCAAUUCUAG